ACAUAUGGCGGCGUGUAGUACGAGCACGGCGUGCUGUACAUCUGCAGUGGCUAUUGUAAACAAUAAUUUUCUUAUAAAGAGUAUAGAUAAUUGUAAUUCCUUGUAAUUUAAAAUGGGAAGAAAAGGAAAAAUUGGAAAGCAGAGAAAAGAUAAAUUUUACCAGCUAGCAAAAGAAACUGGUUAUAGAUCACGUGCUGCCUUUAAAUUGAUCCAGCUGAAUCGAAAAUUCGAGUUUCUACAAAAAUCUCGAGUAUGCAUAGAUUUGUGCGCAGCUCCUGGAGGGUGGAUGCAAGUUUGCCGGCAGAAUAUGCCAGUUUCUUCUGUAGUAAUAGGUGUAGACUUGUUUCACAUAAAGCCCAUUCCAGGAUGUAUAAGUUUGGUAGAAGAUAUUACAACAGACAAAUGCCGUGUAUCAAUAUCACGCGAAUUGAAAACUUGGAAGGCUGAUGUUGUACUACAUGAUGGAGCACCAAACGUUGGAAAAAACUGGCUCCAUGAUGCUUAUCAACAAAUUGUCUUAACUUUAGCUGCUCUUAAAAUGGCAACACAUUUCUUACGACCCGGUGGUUGGUUUAUUACCAAAGUCUUUCGUUCAAAAGAUUAUAAUGCAUUGGUUUGGGUAUUAAAGCAAUUAUUCAGAAAGGUACAUGCAACUAAGCCACAAGCAUCACGUACAGAAUCUGCUGAGAUUUUUGUUGUUUGUCAGUAUUAUAUUGCACCAGAUAAAUUAGACCCCAAAUUUUUAGAUCCAAAAUAUGUUUUCUCAGAAUUAGAAAUUGAACCUACAAAUAAAUUGAAUGUAUACAAUCCUGGAAAAAAGAAGGAUAAAGUGGAAGGUUAUCCAGAAAAUGAUUAUACUUUGUAUCAUAAAUUAUCUGUUAAAGAUUUUAUAGCGCAUGAAAAUGCUGUGGAAGCAUUGCAGAAUGCUUCUGAAAUUGUUUUUGAUGAUGAAACAAUAAUAAAUCAUGAGAAAACGACCAAGGAAAUUAAAGAAUGUUGCAAGGAUAUUAAAGUAUUAGGUAAAAAAGAUUUGCGAAAUUUAAUUAAUUGGUGGAAAGUAGUAAAAGAAUCUUUAAAAGAAAAAGAACCAGACGAAAAUGGAGAAAAUUUGCCUGAUAAGGAAAUAGAAGUACCAUCUAUGACUCAAGAAGAACUGGAAGAUUUAGAAGAUGAACAAAUUAGAAAACAAAUUGAAGAACUUAAAGAAGAAGAAACUAGAGAGCUUAAACGAAAGAGAAAAAAAGCUAACAAAGAAAGGCAAAAAUUAAAUGAACGACUUAAUUUAAAAAUGAUCCAUAAAGGAAAUGAAGGUCCUAUAUUGGAAGGAGAUAAUAUGUUUAGUUUGAAAGAAAUUAAAACACAUCAACAGUUAGAAAAUGUAAUAGAUCAAAAACCUGAUAUAGUAGCAGAAAGUGAUGUCGAUUCAGAUGCAGAACGAAGAAAACAAAAAAAGAUUACAUAUAAGAAGGAUGAGGGACAUUUAGAUAGCUUAGGAUUAUAUUAUAAAACAGAAGACAGUGAGCCAGAAGAUUCGAGUGAUACUUCAGAUGAUGAUAUAGAUAGUAAUGAGUCGGGUUUAGGUUUAAAUGAAUCUGAUAAUGAAGGUAAAAAGAAUAUCAAUAAAAGGAAGAAAAUUAUUGAUGAAGAUUCAGAAAAUCCUUUAUUAACUGAUUUAGAUUAUAGGGAUAAGAAAACUAAAAGAAUUCACAAAGCAGAACUAUGGUUUGAGAAGGAUAUUUUUAAAAAUUUAGAAGAUGAAAAGGAUGAAGAUUUUGAAUUAGAUAAAAUGGUUGAAGAAUAUAAAAAGAAAGGUGGUCGUAUAAUAGGACAAAACGAUUUCAUAGAUAGUAAUAAAGAAAAUGAAGUAGAAAAAUCUAAGAAUAUAGAAAAAAAGAAACAAAAAGAUGUAAAGGACAACGACGAUUAUAAUAGUGAUGACACAGACUCCGAUUAUGAUGUGGACAAAGUGCUUUUAACAAAAUCUAAAAAAGAUAAAAUUGGCGACAAAAAUAAUUCUCAAGCAAUAGAUGUAAAAUCAAAGAAAAGGAAACGUUUAUCAGAAGAAGAUUUAGCAUUAGGAUCAUUGUUAGUUCAAAGUAAAAAAACGCGAAGGGAUUUAAUAGAUUCAGCCUGGAAUAGAUAUGCGUUUAACGAUGAAAAAUUACCAGAUUGGUUUGUACAAGAUGAAGAAAAACACAUGAAAAAUGUAAUGCCAGUACCUAAAGAAUUUGUUGAUGAAUAUAAAAAACGUAUUGAGGAUUUAAAUGUUAGACCAAUCAAGAAGAUAAUAGAGGCAAAAUCAAGGAAAAAGCGUAGAGCAAUACGUAAAUUAGAAAAAGCAAAGAAAAAGGUAGAAGCAAUAAUGGAUAAUAUUGAUAUUAGUGAUAGAGAAAAAGCGAAACAAGUACAAGCGUUGUAUAGAAAAGCCCAUAAAGAACCGAAAAAGAAUGUUACUUACGUAGUUAUGAAAAAACACAUGGCACAGAAGAAAGCAGUAAGACCACCUGGUGUUAAAGGACGUUAUAAAGUAGUUGAUCCAAGAAUGAAGAAAGAUUUACGUGCGGCGAAAGCGAAGGAAAAAACUAAAGGACGUGGAAAGAAAAAUCAUGGUGGUAAACCAUCACGAAGGAAAUCUAAAACUGAAAAGAAAACAAAAUAAUUUAUUUUAUAUAAAUUAAAUGAAAUUAAUUUAGUAUUAA